AUGCAGCCAGCCACUGACAAGCAUGGCACUGUUUCUGCCAAAUCACUCUUUUCUCGUCCUGCCAGAACCUCGGUCGACCGUCAAUCCAUUGUCCCUCCGAGGGUUACCAAGCCGCGACGGUCCCUUCCUUCAGAGCAGCGUGACUCGAGCCAGUUCUACGGGAAGAGACAGAAUGAUCCCCGCGUUAGUCUGGCAGACAAGUUUAUCGAAACCCUUGACCGCUAUGGCGAGACUCUCCAUGACCGGUCUGCAAAUGACCUGGAGGAAACCGAGAGGAAGUUGAGCAGCAAUCUUGAAGAGCUCGCGCUCGAUGUUGAGGCACAUUGUCACAAGCUGAGCGAAAUCGAAGAGCCCCUGCAGAAACCAAUCACCACGGAGGCAUUGACAAACGUCCGAAGCGCCGGUAAAGGUGCAGUAGCUGGCACGGAAGAAGUACUGCUGAAAGAGAGCAUCUCCGAGUUCCGCAAAUUGAAUGAAGAGAAGGGACAGAUCCUCCGCCAGCUCUGGGAAGAAUGGGAAGACGUACAAUUGCAGAUCAUGAGUCUAGCCGUAGAGCUCUACGGCAAGGACUCGCUGCAUGUCGUCCAAAUGGAGACAGGAACUCUGAAACCGGGCCAGCUCGAGAGACUUCACGACAUGUUCAAGGUUGCCAAAACCGGUUACCAUGAAAUGCGCCGGAACCACGCAGAACUUCAGCGGAGCCUGGACGGAUUCGAGGAGGAUCUGGGCCAAAUAUCCAAUAAGGCCAAAAACGUCGCCAAGGAAAUACACGAGUCAUAUGUACAGAAAAAGACCGAGAACAUGAAGCAAAUCACCAAUCUCCUGCAGCAAUUCACCGAAGAUUGA